CUGAUAACGACCCACGGUUUCAACGCUACGAUUGGCAGCCGGGGCUUUGGUUAUCAGCGAUACUACUCCAAGCUCAUGGCGUCAGCUAUACUUCCAGAAGGUUUCUGCGCCUGUGUCAGUUCGUCCGCUGCAAGAUACUAAUAAAAGUAUGCGGCACGCACGAUACGACUGGGACAGGGGUGUUAUCUUUAUCUCCGCCUGAUACUCGCCAAGCCCACUAAUGGCCUGAUAGAGGCCUCUUAUCUGGCAAGUAUAUCGGUCGCUGCGACAUGCAAGUGUGAUUGGGAGGGAGACGUAGGCUCUUGCCUUGUGUUGCACAGCUGUGGUGGCGGUGUUAUAAUCAUCCCGGUACCCCCGGCUGGGGUUGACGAGGCUUGCUGAUUCCUGUUCCUUCAUCAUCUUUAAUAUUGGUCAUUCUUCUUCCCCCUAUUGUAUCGACCAUUUCUUCACGAUGGCCGAUCACUCUACCAUGGCGGCCUACGAAACGUCGAGUAAUCGGAGCCCUCAGGAUGCUGAGAAGAAAGGCGAGCCCAUGGAGCGCUGGGCAUCCGUGGAUGUUGACUAUGGUGCCGAAACUGAUCUCAAGCGGAGCCUGUCUACGCGGCAUUUGACCAUGAUUGCGCUGGGGUCAUCGAUUGGUAUGGGGUUAUGGCUGGGAAGUGGUGAAUCACUGGCGAAUGGUGGUCCGGCAGCCAUCUUCAUUGGCUACCUGCUGAGUGGCACGAUGAUUUGGUCCGUCAGCCACUCGAUCGGUGAGAUGGCCGUUAUGUAUCCUCUGCCGUCUGCAUUCACCCAAUGGACGGAGAUCUUCAUUGACAGAUCGGCGGCCUUUGCGCUGGGCUGGGCGUAUUGGUUCUCUUACUUUAUUACGAUCGCAAACGAACUCCAGGGUAUCGUCACGGUCCUGAAUUUUUGGACGGACAAGGUACCAACUGCGGCCUGGAUUACAAUCUUCUGGGUGGUGAUUAUCUUCAUAAACGUCUUUGCGGUCCGGUUCUUUGGCGAGGUAGAGGUCAUCGCCUCCUCUAUCAAGUUCGGAUGGAUCUUUGUGGUCAUUAUUUCUCUCAUCGUGGUUUCGGCCGGCGGCGCUCCCGACGAAGGACCGAUCGGCUUCCGUUACUGGAACUCAAUGCCAUUCACCAACGGCUUCAAAGGCUUCCUGUCUGUCAUGCCCACCUGUAUUUUCGCCAUGUCCGGAUCGGAGAACUCGGCGCUGGUUGCAGCGGAGACCGACAAUCCGCGCAAGGCGGUGCCACGCGCCGUGAGCUCGAUCUGGUUGCGCCUGUCGCUGUUCUACGUCCUGGGCUCGUUGAUGAUCACCAUCACGGUGUCACCGAAAGACCCCAAUCUUUUUGGCGGUAGCGGCGUCAACGCAUCGCCGUUUGUCAUCGCCUAUCGCAACGCAGGCCUUGCUCCGUUGGCACACAUUAUGAACGCAGUGAUCUUCAUCUCUGUGCUGUCCACCGGAAGUAUUUCGGCCUAUGGUGGCUCACGAACACUGAUGGGAUUGACGCAUCUCAAGCUCGCGCCGAAGAUCUUCGGCAAAGCCGACAAAGCCGGUCGCCCCGUCGCCGGACUCGUCAUCACGCUCGUCAUCGGCGGUGGCCUAGCCUAUCUGAACGUGAGCAACAAGGGUUCAACGGUCUUCACCUGGUUCUCGAACCUGACCUCCCUCUUCACGCUCUUCGGAUGGGGCACCAUCUGCCUCUCGCAUCUCCGCAUGCGCUACGCCUGGAAGAUCCAAGGCCGCUCCGUCGACGACCUCCCCUGGCGGUCCUGGACCUACCCCUACGGCGCCAUCUGGGGCUUAACCUGGUGCAUUUUGCUCAUCAUCGCCGAGUUCUAUCUCAGUUUGUGGCCACUGGGCGGCAACCCCACGGCCAAGGGCUUCUUCGCCAACUAUGUAUCGGUGGUGGCGAUCGUGGUGCUGUACAUCGGGGCGCGCUGCUACUACCGUGGACGGUGGUGGGUGGAUGCGAGCACGAUCGAUCUCGAUGGUCCUCGUCGGUUCUAUGCCGAGGUCGCGGAUGUUGAGGCAAGGCCGGCUAAGACGGGGGUGAAGAAGUAUGCCUCGAUGGUGGUGUCUGCUGUUUUAGAGUAGAUGAUGCUGCUACGAAGUAGUGUAUGUAGGUAACUCUUUUCUGUAGGGUAUAUGGUAGGUUAGGUUAGGCGUAUAUAUUGGUGGGUUGGUCAAUGUAUAUUGUUGUAUCUAAGUC